UUGAUAAGACUUGUGACAUAAGUAAUUAUAUUUUCUUUGCUAUACAUAUAAUUACUAUCUCAGCUCUUCUGAACUAUGGCUGACGAAUUACAGAAAGCUUACUUAUAUUACGAUGAAAUUAAUAAAAUGAGAGUAAUAGAGAACGGCGUUCUGAAGAACACCGAAGAUUUAAAGGACACUUGUAAAGAUUACGACUUGAAAGUGCAAGAAUUUGGAAAUAUAAUUAAUUCAUUGAUAGAAAUGUUACAAGACUUAGGAGACAACGUAGAAAAGCAAAAAAUGGCUGCAAUCGGCACAACGAACUUGUUGAAGUCUAUAGCCAAGGAUACAGCGAGUGAACAAGAGAAGUUAUUGGCAGAAAUAAGCGACAAGUCACUGCGUUCCGAACAAUUGGAUAGCGAGUAUGACGCCUUACAAGUUUUGGCGGCUUCGCAAAUGGAAACUAUCGAGUAUUUGAAACAACUGUAAACAAUAAAAUAACAACGUAAUCAAAAUAUAUCCUUAUUCCGUGGG